AAAAUCUGUGGAAAAGUGAAUUAAUUUGAGGUGCCGAUGGAAAGGCAGAGUGGUGGCGGAGAGUUUUUGUGUUACUUAGGAGGUGUUGUGGCGGCGGUGAAACUGUACGGCGGCAGGGCGGCGGCGGCGGCACACACACAGACAUGGAGAGCCUGAACCAUGUCUAAGUCAAGAUAAGACCAUUGGUUGCUGAGAGGAAAUCUACCACUUUUGAUAAUGAGGAUAAUGAAGAAGAAAUACUUCAAAAGGAAGGACUUAAUGAGGAAAAUGAAAAUUAUAAGGAAACAAAAGUUUCAAAAUCAAUCUUCCCAAGACUGCAGUGAGGAGAAUGGAGAUGAGGCCAAGCUAGAGAUGCUGAGGAGUAACAACAGCUGUUUGGCCAGGGCUCUGGCUGAUCAGAAGAUAGAAACUAACAAUUGAGCUAGUAAAGGAGAAAGGCUUCAAUAGAGGGAGUAGUAACUGUACACAGAGGCCAUCACAUUGAGGGGUGAACUGCAUGAGUUACGAGAGAAGCAGAUAAGAGAGCCUGUCAUCAUGAAUGUGGAAAAUAUGUUCGGGGAGACCGAGAAGCAAGUAAAGGAAUACUAUGAGUCCAUAGAGGUAGACUUCAACUCGGCUUUGGACAGACUUGUGAAGGUAGUAGAGAAGUUAACUAAGGUCAAGCAGCUGGUGCUUGGCAGCCGGACCACUCUGGAGAACUGUACUCAAGGAACACCAAACAUCUUUCCUCGCACAUCAGGCUCAAGAGUCACUCUGAGUUCCAGUGGAGUCAACACCGCUCCACGUCAAAGAGCAGUUCCACCGAUGGUUGGUGGCCAUGUCCUACAGCCUGUCAUGGUUCCUCUUCCCAAAUUAAAAAUUGAGUGGAACGAUAGAACAAGGAACCACUUUCUUGUUGGUGAAGACAAUGAACAUAACAUGUCAGCCAUUGGGGAGCAGUCAUCACCUGAAAACAGUGAAGUGAGUGAGCAGCAGCAAUCCCUGGAUGCUGAAGAUGACCAACUUCAGUAUGAUGUAACAGCAACCCCUGAUGACAACACGCCUAACACAUUUGAACUUCAAUCUCAGGAUCAUCUUGUCACAAAUCCCAAGACCAGGCUUAGUGAGGUCCAGCCCAGGAGAUACAAUCUAAGAGAGAAGACACACUCGCCACUUGAACAACAGACACCAAGCCCAGUAGAAGUACAUGUUAGCAACAGAGAGCAGAGACCAUCAAGAAGAAGCAGGGGAAGAGGGUCAAGGAGAGGGCAAGGCUCCGGUUCCAGACUUUCAAAGUUCCAUGCCGCUGAAAGUUCAGGACAGUCAACAGAAGGGAAGGAAGUCCAUACAUCCAUACUUGAUGAUCCACUUGAGGGGCCAAGCUGGCUGCUUGAUGUCGGAAGGUCACGUUUCUACUCACGUUGCCGAAGAAAGACACAGAGGCAGAAACGUGGCAAGAAAUCUAGUGAUGUUACCUUGGACUCAUCAGAUGAGGAGAGUGAUGGAAUUGUGGUUUCACCAGUGCUUAGUAAUGGUGGAUUUCAGGGAUCCAGGUCUAGGAAGAAAGUUUCUUUAGCCACUGCACCAACAGAUAGUCCACCACUUUCGCUUGAUCACAGCUGCCUUGAUUCACCCUCCUCCAUGCGGACCAGGCUAGAAACUUUAGAGGGUGCAGGUGGACGGAGGAGUAAAAGGCACCUAAAAAGAAAACAAUUUGUAGAAUCAGAAAACUUAGAGAUUAAAGGGGAAAAUAUUUUUGUCAGUUUGGAGCAGGAUAAGCAAAUUAAUCAAGGAAUAAUACCAAACACACAAAGCCCUGUGGCUGAAGUUGGUACUCCUAAGAAGGUGGUUACAAAUGUGAACUCAAUCACAGACAACAAAGGGCAGUCUUGCAACACUUCAUCUGCAUUUAUUUCUAGGAGUCCAGUGGCUCUUCGGGAAGAUGCUGAUAUAACCUGCAAAAUUGUUACUAAUAUGGAUAUAACCAUGCCAGUCUCAAAUUUAGUUAUUCAAGAGAAUCCACCAGUAAUUCAUGAGAAUCCAACUGUAAUUCAAGAGAAUCCACAAACAUGUAUAGAAAAAAACAUAGAUAGUUCACAAGAUGAAUUAAAAGUCACUCAGUCAAAAAGGAAAUUCUUCAAAACCAGAGAAACGGAAUUGUCAGAGGAAAUCCCAGUAAAUUGUGAGAAAACCCCGUUUGAUCUUUCAAUGCUUAAUGAGACAGUGGUUGAUGUGCCACGAUUUUCAUCAACUAGAACAACUGAGAAAGAAAACUUACCACCUUUAUCAGCCAAGUCUCCUAGUGAAUAUGCAAGUUUAUGUAAUGUGUCUGUUGUUCUCGAAGAUGUUAUGAAACAACCAGAGUACUCAAAGACACCUAGGGAAUUCAUUCAAUCAGCAUGGAAAGAAAGUCAAUCUGCUGAGUGUAUUCCUUCUCAUACUCCUAGAAAAUUGAGAAGUGUCAGUAGAAGAACACUGCAAUAUACUGUAAACUGUGAUGAAGACAAUGAAGAGAUAGAAAAACCAAAGAGGGCAAGAAAGACAAGAAGGAAUGGUGAAUCGAGUUCAAGCCUAGUUAACAAGAGUAGGAGAACAAAUUCAGCAAAGACUCUCGUUGAUGAUGAAGUUGUUGACAUUGAGUUCCAGGAAUCAGAAGACAAAAAGACUGAUCCUUUGACAGAUACAGACAUUGUUGGAAAGAAUUUAGAGAAAUGUAUUGUUUUACUUAACAAAACACCCACUAUUGAGAGUUCUGUUUUGCUAGAAGCAGAGCCACUAGAGGUUCUGUCAGAUAUUCACCAGCAGGAGCAGCCUUCUGAGAAAAUGGAAGAUCCUCAGGUACAUGAUGAAGAGGUGGAGGCAACAUCAGGUGUAAGCCCAGACACUCAACAGGAGAGCAGCCAUGUUGAAACAAUGAUAAACACUGACUUUAUUGAAAAAGAAGAGUGUGAAGGAGAUACUCAAACUGGAACAAAGAAUGAUGAACCUGAAGAUGACUGUGUUGUGCUUGAAGAUUUUUGUGAUGAGCAGAUUCAGGAAACUCAGGGUACAUCUCAAGAACAGACCAAUAGUGAGCCGCCUGUCAUUGCUGGGAGUCCAAACACUGCAUUUGAAGGCUUUCAGAGUUCAGAAACAUCAGAGAAUUGCAGGAAGACUGCAUAUCAGAUGAAGUCAUUCUUUAGUAAACCAGAGAAAGGAAGUCCAGUUCAUUAUAGUGUUGAAGUUCAAGAUUCUUCAGACACCAAAAGCAUUGCAGAGAUCUCAUCAGGUGACUGUGGUAGAAGAAGGAGAGCUGCUCUCAAGGUUUCAUCAUUCAAAGAAGUUGCCCUUAAUAGAAAAAUGCGACGAGGAGAGAAUAAUGCAAUCAUCGUAGCAGAUUCAGAGAAGGGCCGAGGCAGGAGUAAAAGUAGAGGAAGUGGAGUGAAAAGGCAGAGAAGAGGGAGGAGCAUUGCUGCAGGCAAGGCUGUUGAGGGUGAAGCAUCUUCAUGAAAAAGAUAAUUGUCUUCUUCAUAAGGGCUUGUUGAUUUUACAGAUUUUAUAGAGGCCUCACAGUUUCAGUAAUCUGCUCUCAGUAUCCUAUGUAAAAAAAUAUAUUAUUAUUAUUAUUAGUAGUAGUAGUUGUAGCACAUGAUCUUGUGAUAGGAUAGCAAUGAUAGACUUAUAAUGGGCUGCAAAUUUAGAGUUGCAUAUUUGUGUACUUUUAUAAGAGAUAGCAGCACCAAAUGUAAGUUGAAUAAUAUUGGAGAUGUGUUAGGACAUUGUCACAUUCUUCUUCAGUAUUCUUAGUACUCAGUUUUAAUCCAUAUGAGUUAUGACUAAGAUAUUCAUUCUUUAAAACAUUUAAGUGAUUGAUUUAUUAUGAAAAUUUAGUGAAGUCAUUCUGGUAAUAAAAAGUUGCACAAAGGACAAGAUUGGCCUUGGUGGGAUGAGAGUAAGAGACUGUCCCUGAGAACAUCACACUCUGAGGGACACCACGAGGCAUGAGCUGACUGCUAUGAAGAAAUGACUUUGUACAAGGAAAACAGUAUAUAGGAUUUAUUGAAUGAUUCAUUAGUUUUGGUACUCAAAUUAGAUCUUGUACAUAGUUCUGAAGGUUUUACCAAAACAAAUAUUAAACUAGGUACCACUAUACAUUUCAAUAUGGAGGUUUAUGCAGGUUAUUUUUUUUCAUUAAACCUCAAGAUUUUUUUUUCUCAUUCACUUGAUCAUGGUAAUUCCCUUUUCUUUUCUUCUUCAUGUAUCUCAUUCAGUGUUGUCCUUUGUUUUUAAUAAAUAAAUAGAUUUUAUAUAUGUAUUUAGUGACCCUUGGAAAAGUUAUCACUUGUUUACAAACCAUACAGUUUUAAGUUAGCAUAUAAGGAUAGAAAUUAUGAAAUACAAGCAAAUCAUAAUUUACAAAUGAGUAAAAUUUCUUCUUAACUUUUACCUUGCCUUGUUUAUCCCUUCACUUUCUUGUCUUUUAGAGAAAACACACACACACACACACACACACACAUACAUACACACACACACACACACACACACACAUGCAGGAAGAAAGUUAAUCUUCCAUACCAGCCAGACACAAGGUCACGGCUCCUUGGCAUGCAUUCUAUAUUUAAUCAAUUUUAGGUAAACAAGAGCCACAAUGUGAAAGAGGACAAGCCCCUCUGUGUUUUCAUCCAGCUUAAGACACCUUGUUGAGGAAAUAUUUGCUCUGAUUCUGCCUGAUAGACCUGCCUAGUGAGGUUGUUUAUCUGAUUUAGCUUCACUGAUUGUCAAAACUUGCAGAUCUUAUGACCAGAGCAAAGAAGUGUUCCAAUGAAGAGGAUGCACAUCUUAAAACACAACAAAAAAUUAAUACACUAACAUAAAACUACUUGUAGGACUGAGUGAGUAUUGACAUAAUGUCACAUAUAAUGUAUUGAAGUGUGGGUAGACAUUACUGAGGUUAAUGAAUGUUGGUGAGUGAAUACUGAUCAGAUCCAUUCAUUCUUCUCAACUUUCUGCUUUUCUUAAUGGCUAUGGACUUUCAUGCUAUUAUUUUUUAACUUUAUAAUUUUAUGUAAUAUUUUUGUUUUGCAUAUCUUAUUUUGUUUAUCAAGAGUGCAGUAUGGACCAUGCCACACACAACCUACACACACACACAAACACACAUGAUGAGAGGACUGAUAGCCUUUGCUCCCCACCAGGAAGUCAAAGUCACAGCUCCUUGGCAUACAUUCCAUACCUAUUCACUGAACAUGGAUUACAGUGUGAAAAGAGAAGACCAAAUUGUCUUCGGUAAUCCCAGGAUUGAACCCGGGACCUCUUGGGGGUUGACUGGAUGUGUGAACCCUAAUACCAGUGGAUUUUUACUUCAUAGAUAAAUUAUCCUUACUAUAUUAGAUCAAACUCUUAAAAUUCUCUUUAACAAAUCAAAAGAUAUUUCUUCUACAUGAUUGUCUCCAUGACUGUCUUCAGAAUGGCAAGUAAGUUAAGAAAUUCAGUGAUUGCGGUCACACCACCACUCUUCACAAUGUUGGGAACUAAGAUAUUCAAGCUAAUGUUUGUAAAAUUAUGAUUAGCUGUAUUUACUGCAUUUCACAGAAUUUUGUAUGCAUAUCAGUAUUAGAUAUAAAUCAUCCUUUAAUUUCACGGAAGAAAAUUGUCAUGGUUUGUAUACAAGCUUCAUAUUAAUUUUCAGAUCUGAUUAUUCUCUGUUUUUUUAAAAUAUUAUUUUGCUUUAUAAUAAACAGAAAAGAAA